AUGGUUGCUGAUGAUGCUGAAUCCUCCAAGGACACAACAGAAUCAUCUGAAUUCGACUCUGACAGCUCAGAUGAUGAGAAAUCUGGAGAAGGCUCAACCUAUGAAGCUGACGAGCUUGAUCAGCUCAUGACUGAUCACUGUCAAUUGAGAAAAAUGUUCAAAAAUCACCUCAAGCAGAAUCAGAUUAUGCCUGGAGUUGCUACCUUCUUGUACGGAGCUGCACACGGUGAGGGGAGGUCGCUCGACACAAUCAGGAGGGAGCUCGGCUACUUCAAGCGGAAUGCAGAUGGAAAUCAGUGGGUAGGCAGCCUCCAAUCCGAAACUCUACAGCCGAAACCCGAUGAGGGCCCUCCUCGUGAUGUUUCGAGGAAAGGGGUCGUUGUCGUUGGAGCCACACAGUGGGUCAAAAACUACAACGUCCCAAUAUUCUCGACUGACAUGGCUGUUGUUCGGAGAAUAGCAAAGAGAAUCAGCGGCAGAGGCGGCGGGCUUCCAUCCGUGCAGUCUAUGGCUCUUGCUCACGGUAAAGGUAUGAUCGAGGUGGAUUGCAACCAGUUGGAUACGAGUAAAGCUGGUGGCGAGGAUGUGCAGCGAGCAGUCGAGUGCCUCGCCCGGGAAGAAGGUAUGGACGUCGGAGAGGGAUACUAUACCGAUCUUUCUCAGAACCAAAAGAAGUUUAUUUGCUUUUUUGACGUCGUCUAUGGCGACGUGGAGGCGGGUCUCGGCGGCGGCCCGUGCGGCGGCAGUGGUGGCAGCGGCCUCGAGCUGCGUGGGACGAGGGAAGCGCGGGGACGGAGGUGA